UAGUCUGUUUCAAAAAUUAGUAAACAAUCGAAAUGGCAAAAAUUCUAAAGAAUGAACUGUAAGAUAAACACGACAUUUUCUAAGAUAUCAAAAGAAGAACAAAUUACUUUAUGCAGGUUCUAGUAGGAGUAUUGGAACGACAACACGUUGACAGCUGAGGUCAGAGAUUGAAACAUCGUAAUUUCAUCAUAUCCGCAGAAGAAACACACAACAAGUGCACAUUGAACAUUCUGAUCGAAGCAAAACUUUAUAAUUUAAAAAAUGGGCGAUCACGUCGCUGAUCCAGAGGGUUCCACUUUUGUGAACCCGAUUUCUCUAGUGCUAGGAUUCCUGGCAAACUAUGGCUGGUUGGUGGUGGCGGGCGGUGCGCUCUGCGUGUACGUGGUGCAGCGCCUGAAGCCUGCCUUCAGGCGCUGGCAGGAGGCCAGAGAAGAUGCAGCUUAUCAUAAAGACCCUGACAAGGCGUUGGCGCGCAUGGAAGCUAUCCAGCGCGCACGCGAGCAGCAGCAGAGGGCGUUGGAGGCCGCCUCGCUGAGAGCCCUAGAGCAGGAGAAACAGCGCGAGGAGCGCAAGCGGCGAGAGAACCUGGAGCGCCUCGAGAAGUACGGCGCGGGCGCGGCGCCGGCGCGGCGCCUGGGCCACGGCGAAGAAUUCCUGCCGCUGAGCGGCGGGGCGGAGUCUUCUUCCUACCGCCGGCCCAAGCGCUCUGCGUGCUCUCGCGGCGGCUGCGGGCCAUAGGCCGCCGGCGGAGCGGCGCAGAGGCCGCCGGCGCCGCCAGUAUGUUGCUGCGGCACUGUCAACACUACUACCAACAGAGUCUUCACACCACAGCGUCAGUGCAUGGGCCAAAGAGUGUUGACUUUUAAAAAUAUGUUUUUUAAAUAUAGACACUUUUUGAUAUCGAUUUCGAUAUAAGAUUAUCGAUAUCGAUUUCAAUUAAAAUGGUGAACUUUUAGACGACUCUAAAUUCCAGCAAUGUAAGUCAGCGGUGACAGGCGAUAAAUCUGUGUUAAAUAAAAUCGCAUUAAUACAUUUUUGAUA